AAGUGGGAGCACAGGGAGGGGACCGAACGCGAGCAGAGCCGCUGUCCUCAACCAAACAAACACGUCCCUUCUCUGACCUGCGCGCGGCUGCUAUUUCCACCACCCUUCCCUCCAGAAUCAUGAAUCCCUUGACGAAUGUCAAAAAUAUACAGAAGCUGAGCGAGAGGGAGCUGGAGCUUGGCGUGGACUUCAAGCACUCAUGGCACCAGCAGUACAGAGACAGUGCCUGGAUCUUCAUUGGGGGCCUGAAUUUUGAGUUGAGCGAAGGAGACAUUAUAUCUGUGUUCUCCCAGUAUGGCGAGAUUGUCAACAUCAAUUUGGUACGAGACAAAAAGACUGGCAAGAGCAAAGGUUUUGCCUUCUUGUGUUACGAAGACCAGCGCUCGACAAUCCUCGCUGUGGACAACUUCAAUGGAAUCAGACUUGCCGGCCGCACUAUCCGGGUGGACCAUGUAGAGGAGUACAAGGUGCCCAAGAUGACAGAAGACAUGAUGCCUGAGCAACAACAGCUUGCUCUGGAGGGCUGCGCUCCCCAGCCAAUUGUCCCUGAUGCUGAAGGCAAUCAGGAAGAACCUCCACACAAAGAUGGUCAAAAAACCUUUAAAAAAGAAAAGAGUGAGAAAGUCAAGAUAAAGAAAGAUAAAAAGAAAAAGAAGAAAAAGAAAAAAGUAUCAUCUUCCUCCUCCUCAAGUAGCUUGUCAUCCUCUGAUGAGUCUGAGAAUGCUGAGAAAAAGAAGAAAAAGAAAAAGAAGAAGAAAAGGAAGAAGAAGAAGAAGGCAAGGGAUGAAUCACACAGUAGCAGUGAUGACUCAGAUGACGAGGAGGCCAGGAGGACAAAGAGGAGCCGAGUGAAGGAAAAGAGUGAUGGAAGCGUGACGAUAAAGGAGGAGAAGAUGGACUCUGGGUAUGACAAAUACGAACACCCGGACAGCAAGCAAGACGAGGAGGAGCAGGAACACCGUGUUAAGUCUUCCAGGGACGGAGAAAGGGGACAGGACAAGUAUAAAGACAGAGACCGAUAUUAUGAUGACAGAUACAGAGACCAGGACAGGUACAGAGAUCAGGAUAGGUACAGAGACCAGGAUCGUUACAGAGACCACAGCAGAGACAGAGAGGACAGCCUUCUGAGGGACAGCCGAGAGAGAGAGAGGAGACAUGACAGGUACAGGGACAGGGACGGGGACAGCUAUGGCUACAGGGAUGACCGCGAUAGAAUGAGGGAGCACAGCCACUGGGGAGACAGUUCGGAUGGCCGGUACAGGGGAAGAGGCAGAGGGAGGUACUUUGAUGGGGCAAGAGGAAGGCACUACAACAACUACAACAGGAGAGGAAUGUUCAACCGUGGAGGAAGAAUUGGUGGCCGGGGAAGGUUUAGGUUCAGAGGAAGGAGGUAGAGGGAAGGGGAGGGCAAGAAAAGAGGCAGUAAGCAGCAAUAGAUGGAGAUAUGAACGUUUCAAAUGAAUGUAGUCAAAUUUGGAAAUCAGUAAAUUAAUUGUUUAAUUUUGUUGAGGAAGGAAGGCUGAAUAGUGUGAAAGAUGGUAGAAAAUAAGAUGGGAAAUUUGUAAAAUUACAAGUCAGUAUGGAACUGAGAAACUAAUAGAGGAAAUGAAGGUAGAGUAGAAAGGACAAUUGAGAAGGUUGACUUUCUGGGAAAUCUUGUAUGGUGAAGAGUUUAUGUUUAUUAAAAAUAAUUGGGCAUUAUGUAGUGGCAUUGUCUCAUAAGAGUUGGUUUCAGAUGACAUGGAAAUCCCCCACAAACCAGACUGGUAACAGUACUUGUUACUUUGCCAAUAAAAUGUAGAUAGCAAUAGCAUGAAUAUGUGUAGGUGAAAAUCAAACAAAACCAUACAAGUAAUUGGAAUCAUACAAUUAAUUUUUGUAUCUCUGUAGGAGUGGUUUGUAAAUCCUUAUAUUUGCAACAUCACAGUCAUGAAGACUUGUACUUCAUGAGAUAUUGUGUGUUUGAUAGUUGCAGCUUUCAAUUUCAGUAUCUGUUGUAGCAACAAGCACCUUCCAUCCAACCCUUUCCAGAUUCCUUUUCAGACUCCCUUGGUCUCUUCAGUACCCCAAGUCUCCACAGUCCCCAUUGUGAGGCAAAACAAAGGAAUAGAGAUCAUCGCAGUUGACACUUGUUGCUAUUGAGCAUGAAGAAAGAUUCGUUAUUUUCAUAGUUUCAGUUUAGAUUAACAUGAUGUUUAAGCUUCAAACACAAUUUCUGAAUCCUUUUGCCCCAUUACUGAGCAGAUCAGUGUCAUUGUUUGAGGGCAAGAUGGAAAUGCGCUGGCAGUUAUUUGGUUGAGGUUGCAAAGCUUAGUCAUCAAGCUUCUCUAAGCAGCCUUUGAAGUGUUACAUUGAUAUCUCAGCCUUGCUCCCUGAGGUCCACCAUUGCCUUCUCCAAUGAUAUAGUAAAGCACCCCAACUUCUGUAUGUUAUGUGUUCUAUGUUUGACAAGUUAACUGAAAAAAUUUGGAUACUGAACCUGUUUUAUUUUUUCUGUAUUUAGAAAUUAAUUAAGUGAUGAUGCUGAAAAAAAAAAACUGGUUUAUUCUUUAUCAUCAUCUUAACUGGCUUUCUUUCCAGAGUGACGUAAGAUAUACUCUUUUGCUUUAUACAGGGAAGUUCACAAGUGAUGUGCCAGCUGUUUUUUUGUGCUGUAGUUAGUGUGGCACCAGAUGCAAGGGAACUGUUCAAGUCAAUUUGAUCAAGUAUUUGAGAAUAUAUGAGACUUAUACAUGCACAUGCAAACAGCUGGCCCUUUGUGAUUUGUUUUUACUACAUUGCUGCAAUACUUUUUUCCCCUCUCUACGUAGGAAGGGAAAGCUGACCAAGGGCAACAUAGAGAAAAUAUUUUUAAAAAUGCCUAUUUAGUUACCAAGUCCCUUGCAGCUUAAGGAACCAGUGUUCAAAUUUAUUUCUGCACCUCACACUCUUCCAUGGGUAGUGGACAAAAAAUAUAGUGUGUUAAUGGAA